GCUGGUGUGCACGCCUCCUGAGUCAUACUAGAGGUCCACUCUGAAUACCUCUUCUCCACCGGAUACGUCUUGGGGCAGCCUCUGGCAUAAGUUCAAUUGUCCUCAGGAUGCAAUUAGGGAAAGUUGUAUUUCUGGUUGUAAUGCUUGUGAGUUACCGCCGCUUCGAUAUCCAAAAGUUAUUUAUGGUAUUUAAUUAAACAAAAAACAUUCUGGGCUAAUAAUGUAAAAUAUAGCACACACAAAAACCUAAAUACUGCAAAGUUGCUUAGGAGCUAGAAGCAGAGCUGCCAUGUCUGUUGGCACCAUCUUCAUUCAUGUGCAAGCCAACUUUGUUCAGUUGUAGUUGAGUUUGUUCUAUUGGCAUGCUACCUUCAUGAUAAGUUCUGCAUCUUAGCUAGCAUGAGUAUUUGUAUCUUCCUGUCACACUCACAUAGUCUAGUCCAUUGUUUUUGCUGCCAACCUAGGCUUUCAAUACACCUCCUAAACUCAUGAAUAUUCUAUGAGGGGGUGUGUACUUCAGGAUAUGAACAAAGCAAAAAAAGAAAAUAAAACAUUUCAUAAAUUGUGUUAUUUGUUUUCUUUUAUUCCAUGUCCAAUUUUGACACAAUAAAUGAGAAAACAGGUCGAUUUAAGGGUUUUGUUUUUAAAAUGCAGAAAACGAAAACGAGUUGGUUUUUUUCGAAGUCGCCUUAUUCAUACACAUAUGGGUCACCAGGUCUCAGUUCGGGGGUGGAUCACUUAUCCUCACUCACAAUUGCACUGCAUAACCUUUCAAACUGCAUUCCAACUCCGCAGGAGCAAUGACAUCCUACAAGCUCACCUAUUUCAACAUGCGAGGUAGAGCAGAGCUGCCUCGGUAUAUCUUUGCCUAUGCUGGAAUAGCCUUCGAGGAUCGACGGGUAGAGUGGAGAGACUGGCCAUCGAUCAAGAAGACCUUUCCAUUAGGAAAGCUCCCAGUGCUAGAGGUGAAUGGACUCCCUCUGACCCAGAGUCUGGCCAUUGCACGGUUCCUGGCAAAGGAAGCAGGACUUGUGGGUAACAGCAGACUAGCCGAGGCCCAGGCAGACGCUCUGGUCGACACUCUCAACGACUUCACCCUCUUAAUCCCAUGGAGAGAGGACAACCCACAGAUCAAAACACAGAAGAUUGACAUGCUUUUCCAAAGCCACGCCCCCAAGUUACUGGACCAUCUCCAGUGUCAUUUGGGAGACAGGAAGUGGUUAGUGGGUGAUUCGGAGACCUGGGCUGAUCUGUACUGCCAUGUGUGCUUCACUACCUUCAGUGUGCUGAGACCGGGCUUUGCUGAUCACCAUCCUGCCCUGUGUGGCCUGACUGACCGGGUGGAGGCCAUCCCGAACAUCGCUAAGUGGAUCCAGUGCAGACCUACAACAGAGUUCUAAAACCUGAGCCCAGUUCAGUAGGGACCCAGAGCAGACCUACAACAGAGUUGUAAAACCUGAUCCCAGUUCAGUAGGGACCCAGAGCAGACCUACAACAGAGUUGUAAAACCUGAGCCCAGUUCAGUAGGGA